GUGACUCUUGGCAUUGCAACGAAGGACGUUGUUCAGGAUUCAGCAUCUUUCACUUUCAGAGGUCUAACGGGCACCAGCAUACACAGGUGACAGAAGUCGGAAGGUGGUACGUCCCAAAGCCGCAGCUCUUACAAGCGCCCCCCGACGUUGGAUCACGUCAGCGUGUCUGCCACCAUGGUUGCUCAUCCGAACAUGCAUCUGCUCGAUGUGGAGGCGGACUUCCUCGGGAGCGACUUUUGGGUGCGCAAGAUGAAGCACUUUGCCCGCCAGCUGGACGCAGACGGCAACGGUGUCGUCAACGCAAAGGACUACGACCUCAUUGCACAGGGCUUCAUUGACCGAGGCAACCUGACCGGCAAAAACAUGGCCGCUGGCGGCAGGGGGGAGGAUCGGGAUGGAGGUCCCCACUUUUUGGGUGAGGGUAUCGAGAAGCGGCAAGGAACCAGAACUGCUUGCGAGGUCGUUUCCAUGUUUGGAGUACACCCGGCGCCGGGGCAGGCGGGACACGGCGUCAAUAUACUGGGGUUUCAAUCAUCUGCGUCGCUGCGACUUUUCUGGAGGAACGGCGGUAACUCAAGUCCUCACUCAAGUGGGCAGCCAUGA